AUGGCGGCGGCGGGAACCGGACCGGGACCUGGAGUGGAUGCAGGACCCGGCCCAGCAGCGGCAGCAAAUGCAACAGUGGCAGAAGAAGGGGAGACAAAACCGGUGGUAGCGGUGGCAACUGCCCCGGCUGGAGAGGGAACAUCUGUUGCUCCAGCAGCAGAACCCGGUUCUGGAGAGGCAGAAAGUGGGGAUGCAAAUUCAGUUGAUGUAGGUGGUGGUUUGGAGACUGAAUCUUCUAAUGGAAAAGAUACACUAGAAGGUGCUGGGGACACUUCAGAGGUGAUGGAUACUCAGGCGGGCUCCGUGGAUGAAGAGAAUGGCCGACAGUUAGGAGAGGUAGAGCUGCAGUGUGGCAUAUGUACAAAAUGGUUCACAGCGGACACCUUUGGCAUAGAUACCUCAUCCUGUCUGCCUUUCAUGACCAACUACAGUUUUCAUUGCAACGUGUGCCAUCAUAGUGGGAAUACCUAUUUCCUCCGGAAGCAAGCAAACUUGAAAGAAAUGUGCCUUAGUGCUUUGGCCAACCUAACUUGGCAGUCUCGAACACAAGAUGAACAUCCAAAAACCAUGUUCUCCAAAGAUAAGGAUAUCAUACCGUUUAUUGAUAAAUACUGGGAGUGCAUGACGACCAGACAGAGACCUGGGAAAAUGACCUGGCCAAAUAAUAUUGUUAAAACAAUGAGUAAAGAAAGAGAUGUAUUCUUAGUAAAGGAACAUCCUGAUCCCGGGAGUAAGGACCCAGAAGAAGAUUACCCCAAAUUUGGACUUUUGGAUCAGGAUCUUAGUAACAUUGGUCCUGCUUAUGACAACCAAAAACAAAGCAGCGCUGUGUCUACAAGCGGGAAUCUAAAUGGGGGAAUUGCAGCAGGAAGCAGUGGAAAAGGAAGAGGAGCGAAGCGCAAGCAGCAAGAUGGAGGGACCGCGGGGACCACCAAGAAGGCCCGGAGUGAUCCUUUGUUUUCUGCUCAGCGCCUUCCCCCUCAUGGCUACCCCUUGGAACACCCGUUUAACAAAGACGGCUAUCGGUAUAUUCUAGCUGAGCCUGAUCCCCAUGCCCCUGACCCUGAGAAACUUGAACUUGACUGCUGGGCAGGAAAACCUAUUCCUGGAGACCUCUACAGAGCCUGCUUAUAUGAACGGGUUUUGUUAGCCCUACAUGAUCGAGCUCCCCAGUUAAAGAUCUCUGAUGACCGGCUGACUGUGGUUGGAGAGAAGGGCUACUCCAUGGUCCGGGCUUCUCAUGGGGUACGGAAGGGUGCCUGGUACUUUGAAAUCACAGUGGAUGAGAUGCCGCCUGACACUGCUGCCAGACUGGGUUGGUCCCAGCCCUUAGGUAACCUCCAAGCUCCCUUAGGUUAUGAUAAAUUUAGCUAUUCGUGGAGGAGCAAAAAGGGAACCAAGUUCCACCAGUCAAUUGGCAAACACUACUCUUCUGGCUAUGGACAGGGAGACGUCCUGGGAUUCUAUAUCAAUCUUCCUGAAGAUACAGAGACAGCCAAGUCACUGCCCGAUACUUAUAAAGAUAAGGCUUUGAUAAAGUUCAAGAGUUAUUUGUAUUUUGAGGAAAAAGACUUUGUGGAUAAAGCAGAGAAGAGCCUAAAGCAGACCCCCCAUAGUGAGAUAAUAUUUUAUAAAAAUGGUGUCAAUCAAGGUGUGGCCUACAAAGAUAUUUUUGAAGGGGUUUACUUUCCGGCCAUCUCACUGUAUAAGAGUUGCACGGUUUCCAUUAACUUUGGACCGUGCUUCAAGUAUCCUCCAAAGGAUCUCACUUACCGCCCUAUGAGUGACAUGGGCUGGGGCGCUGUGGUAGAACAUACUCUGGCUGAUGUCUUAUAUCAUGUGGAAACAGAAGUGGAUGGGAGGCGGAGUCCUCCAUGGGAACCGUGA